AUGAGUACACACUUUCUUUGCCAGUUAAAAAAUAGGAAGCUUAUUCAAGUUUCAGGAGAAGCUUCCUUUAAAUUCCUUCAAAGUUUAACUACGAAUGAUUUAAAUAAAAUAAUAAAUGAAAAGGAUUUUAUUAUAAAUAAAAUUUUGCCUAAAAAUAUAUUAUUUAAUAAAAUUGAAGAUGGAAAAUACCAAAUUAGCAACUCUAAUACAAAGCAUAAAAAAUUGAUAACUGGCUUGCCUUCAUUAUUUUUAUCAAAUAAUGGGAAAAUAUUAUUUGAUUGUAUCAUAUAUAAUAUAAAAUAUAUUUAUGAUCAAAAUAUAUUUCCUACAUUUUAUAUUGAUUGCAAUGCAAACACAUUGAACACAUUAUUAAAUAUAUUAGAAAAGAGAAAGUUAUCAUGUGAUGUCGAUUUUAAAGAGAUGAAUAAUAUUGCUGUUUAUCAGCUCUUACCAUGUAUAUCAUUAUUGAGUCAGAAAAUUUGCUAUAAUAAUACAAAUAAUUCUAAUAAGCAAAAUAGCAAAAAUUAUAAUGAAGAUUAUGAAGAUUUUCUAAAUACUUGUAACGAUCUCUUAGAUAUAUCUAAUAAUGAAGGCGCAUUUUUCUUUUCUAAAGAUCAAAGGCAUGAUUUAUUGGGUUAUAGAAUUUAUGAUAUAAUAGAUAAAGAGACAAAUUUUAUCAAUGAAUAUAUUAAAUGUAAUACAAAAAAUGAUAAAACUUUAGCAAGCUGUAAAGGAAUACAUACGCACAACAAUAACAACAUUAAAAACACUUACAGCUUUAAAAAUGAAACAUCUGAUUUACUGAACAAAUUUGAAAAGGAAGAAAAAGUAAAACUUACAAAUACUUUGUUAUAUGAUUUCUUUAAACUCAAUUUAGGAGUUAUUGAAAAUUUAUAUGAUUAUUAUACUUUUUUUAAUGGUAACAAAAUUAUUAGUGAUGAUGGUAUAAAUUCGACUAACAAUAUCAAUUACAACAAUAGCAAUAAUUUGAAUAGUUUAAAACCAAUAAAUAGUAGAGAUAUGUUUACCUUUAAAGACUUAUCUCCUUUUGAUAUAAACUAUGAUAAACAGAAUUAUAUAUCAAAAGAUAAAGGUUGUUAUAUAGGACAAGAAGUAAUAAAUAGAACUAGAAACAAAUUGCUUAUAAAUAAAUAUAAACUAUCACUUUGUAUUAAUUAUAAUUAUUAUGAUAUGCUUAUGGAUAACCAACACAAUUUAGAUAAACAUAUAUACAAAGAUUUCUCUCAUUACAAAUAUAUUCAACAUAUUAAUAAUAAUCAUUUAUUUAAGUCGUCAUUUUUUUUACUCCAAAAUAUCAUGCAGAACAACAAAAAGGUCAUUAACUACAAGCAUAAGCACGAUGUAAUUAUUCAAAAUGACGAUAUAGAUAGCGACCAAGCGAAUAAUAUGAUUAAAAUUGGAUAUAUAUACUUUUAUAACAAUGUAAUGGGUUUAUGUUUUUUAAUAAAUAAAAAGAUAGCGCAUAUAAAAAAUAAUGUGUAUCAUCAUUCUUCAAAAAUAUAUAUGAAAAGCAGAUCCAGUGACACAUGCCAAAGAAUUUCGCUUAUACAUUUCUAA